GAAUCAGGGGGUUUGGAUAACCAAAUAAAUACUAAAAAUAAAAAGAGACGAGCUUUGUACUGAAAAGCGCGGAGCAUAAUGGAGGCGAUUCCAAAACUUGUCGCCGGAUUUCUUCUGCUGACCUUAUGCGUGCUUGGCUGCUCCAGCCAACACUGGUCCUACGGCCUGCGCCCUGGGGGGAAGAGAAGUACUGAGAAUCUGAUUGAUGCUUUCCAAGAGAUAGCCAAAGAGGUUGAUCAACCCGCAGAACGUCCGCGCUUCGAAUGCACCAUCCACCAGCCCCGUUCUCCCCUCAAGGACCUGCGAGGAGUUCUGGAAAGUCUGACUGAAGAGGAAACUGGGCAGAAGAAGAUUUAAACCCACUGAGUCAAAAGGAUUGUCAACACAAGUAUAAUUCUGACAUUGCAAUUUGUGACCCGUUUAACGUCUAUCAAUUGUGUGAAUUUCAGAUACGCUUAUGCUAAAUUUGCAUAUUUCACCAGGAAGUGCUGUGUUAUGAAUAAAGUGGCAUAACUGUUA